AAAUCAGUGUCACGAAAACGCGCAAGAAAUUGCCGCGAACAAAACAAGACGCAUUGCAAUGAUUUGAAACCAGUACAGCAUAGCUUAAAGGUGGAGAAUGGAUGAUGAUGACUUCAGCUGCAGUGCCCCUAGUCAGAGCUUCAUCCUGCCAGCCUCACAGGAGGAGACCCAGGAGGAUCAACCUUUGUCACCUGGCAAACGCAUGAGGAGGACUUUGGCCAACCUGCCAGCUCUGCAGGAUAGAUCUGGAAAUCUACAAAGUGGGAGGGGCCAGGGAAGUGAACAGGGCCAGGGACUCCGCUUCUCACUCUUCCCAGCAUCUCAGGAUAUCUUCUCCGACUCUGAGGAAGAUGAGGACAAUGUGUUGACACCUGCGGCUCACCUUGGCAGUCUGCAGAUAUCGCAGAAGCCGAUGCUGGUCCCAGAAACUGUUGAAGAUACAACUGAGAAUGAAAUCCCUCCAUCUCCUGAGGCGUACGGCUCGACUCCCUGCAUUAUCCCAAGCUCACCAACUGACCAGUCUGACAACCAGUCAGAUGAGAAACAUGAAAACAUUGGAGCCACAAGAAACCAACAGCUAGAUAAUGAAAGCAGUGGUGUCUCGUUUGAUUUUUUGGCUGAUGAGACCCUCGCUAGUGAGUCUCAGAUCAAAGAAACAGACAGAACAGUCAUACAUCGGAGGGAGAUGGAAAGAUCUGAUCAACUGUCAGGAGAUAUUGAGAAAAAGACUCCGGAGAAAAGUGAUGAAAAAUCCAUAUCCUCACAGAGUCUUGAGGCGCGGCUGGCCAUGCCUACCCUGGUGGAUGAUGGUGGGAGGAAGGAGCCUGUGUAUCUAAACCUCACUGUCUCCAGCACUCAGCCAAGUCAGAGUAUUGAGAUUGUGGAUGUCCUGCCUCCCCCCAGCGGUCAUGAGGGUAUGAGACAGGUUGCUGGUGUAAGUCUUGGGCUAGCCACCUCUCAGAGUCUGCUUGGGACUGAGGUGCCCCAUAGGGACAUUAUUGUCAUCCCUAGUGGUUCAGCACCCUCACAACAUGGAGUCAUUGAGAGUGAUGACUAUGGCCUUAGACUGAGCCCGUCUCAGCAACAAAGCUCUCGAGCAACACAGGUUAGCAAAAACACUGACUCCCACAGCACGCAAUCAAAUAGUGUUCACAUGACACAUUCAAAAAAGGAUUUAAUUGAGAAAGAGUCUGAAAAUAGUGAAAUAGGUGAAAAAGUUAGGGGUGAUAAAAGUGCUGUUGAUUCUAAACCAACUCUGAGCUCGAAAGACUCCACUGAAUCAAGGAAAAGUGCCUCACAGGGUGUGGAAGGUAAACAUUGUGCAAGUGAAGGUCAGGCCCGGAGGUCAUCCAGUGAGCCAAGGUCAUUUGAGAACAACCGAGAGUCGCGGAGAAACAAGAGAAUGCUGGACUUACUGAACAACGACCCGCUGGUGCUCUGGAAAAAUGACAGUGAUACAGAGAAGAAAAUACUAGACGCCAGUGUCCGGUCCUCUGAAAAAUACACAGAGGAGUUUCAUCUAGAGAUACCUAGAGAAAGUGCCUCUGACCCGGUCACUGAAAUUCCCAGAUCCCAACAUGCUAAAAGGUGCAUGGAGCACAUGGAUUCAAAGAGUCAGCCAGGAAAAGAGCCUGCAAUAACAUGUCCCACAGAGGACAAGAUGGCCAUAGAGAACAUACACACCGAGUCAGAGCCUGUCACACAGCCAGAGUUCAGGCUAUUAAAGCCCGACUUCAAGGAAUCAGAAGACUUUGAUGAGGAGGAAGAGAUCAUACCAAUACAGCGGUCCAUGGGCAGGAGAAAAUAUAUACUUGAUGAUAGUGAUGAUGAGAUGCUCUCCACAAGAGAAAGGGACACCCUGGUACUGCCUAGUGACCCACCCAGCAAUCAUGCAGACCCACCCAGUAAGCCCGGUGACCCAGACUUUGUCCUCGCUAGCGGGCAGUACCUCGCACAGAAAAUACCUGCUGCAGAAGCUAUGGAUGAUACACAGACAUAUGAUCCUGUUGAGGUAGGUUUGAUGUCAGGUGCUUUUGAUCAUAACAAAAGCCAGUCCGCUGCUGGUAUGAACACAGAGCAGGCUGUUGAUAUCACUGAGAGUAAAGAUGAGGUCAUAGUGACUGCAAAAAAUUCUUCUGAACAUUCCCUAAAGGGAGGAGAUAUAAAGUCAGGUGUCCAUGCAAGUGUGAGUGAUGAACUCUCUGUAUGUUCUGAGCCUAUAAUGCCAGGAAACGUCCGAGAGAGGAGAUUGACAGAGUCAUCCACGCAGACUCAGGAGGGUAAGCCGAAGAGCGUUUUUGAGGGAGUGGAUGUAAAUGUAGUGCAGAAGGUGGCCGAGUACCUCACCUCUGGCUACGCCCCCCGCAGUCGCACAAACUCCACGUGCACAGACAUCUCUGACCAGCACGGGGAGGGGUCAGAGAAAAGUGACUCUGUGAUGAAGACUCCUCAACCCAGAAAGGCAAUGGAUAAACAUAGGAGUCCAGGGUCCUCCAGAAUGAGAAGGGAAAGCUCAGAUCAAAAAAGUCCUCAGGAAGUAAAGGAUAUCGUUAAAACAUACUCAAAUAUCCUUCAGAAGAGUGCCAUGAAGCAGAAACAACGAGAAGAGAUGCGGGAGACAGCCACCACGUCCUCACAGAGAACUAACCCUGAGUCUGUCCUGCCUAGUAAGGCAGCAGUACCUAGAAGACUUAGCACUCAGUCAAUGCCAGAUGGUGUUCAUUCAUCUUACAUUAAAUCAUCUCAACAGUUUACGGCAACAUUAAACAGAACCUUGUCUUCACAGCCAGAUUGGAUCACUGCAAAGAAGCCUACUAGCCAGGGUUUCAUUACCUCGAAAACUCCUAAAAAUAGUAGUCAAGGAUCGUUAGAAAUUUUUCCACCCAAAUCACUAGAUAAAUCCACUGAUAAUACGAAACAUGAAAGUUUUCCAGAAAAUAGUGCUGAAAGUGUCAGUGCAAAUAUACAAGCCUCUGAAAAUGCACCUGAAACAUUACAUAGUGUAACAAUUGAAGAUGCUGAUCUUGAUUUGAUUGGUGUAAAAAUAAUGGACUCUGAUAUUGCCAAACCAGCCGGAAUUGAGAACGCAAGCUUUCCCACUGUCUCAUCACAAAAUAAGCAAUCAGUUCCUCUAACAGAAACUAAGAAUUUGACACAAAAAGUGCCAAAACAUGAACAAAAGCUUGAGAUAUCAACGAAAUCAACACCAGUAAAGGUCAAAGGUCAGAUACCUCAAAGUCACUCUGGGAGACCGUCCAACAACUCGAAAAAAAAGAAAAGGCUGAUAUCAGUGGAAAAAAGAAACAAGAUCCGAAGAACCCUGGACAGUGGAAGUCCACAGAUGGGCACAGGCUCGUUUGUUUCAGGUACCCAGAAAUUUAAGUCCAUAGACAGUGGGGAGGGGAAGACCAGGGACCCUUACAAGUUUGAGAGCUCGCAGUCUCAGAUUUCACCUAACCAGACAAGCAGAGCUACUGGUGGCUCUGGACAACAGGAGAGAACCCCUCUCUCAACAAGGAAAAGGCCAGCUCGACUCAUCCACAAGAAAACUGGUCUCAAAAAGCAGAAAACUGACAACCCAUCCACUCAAAGCCGAGAUUCACAAAAUCCAAUGAACAUGGUAACCAGUCCAGUGUCAGAAAGUCAGAGCACUGAUGUAACAGUGACUACAGUUGGCUCUCUGGCAUCCCUGCCCUCCUCCAUCAGCCAAUCUAGUCCAGCAAGAGAUAUCUUGUCUCCCUCAAGCAGCUCAAGUAGACAGAGUGUCACAGAUGAGAUAAAAGGCCGAUUAUCUGGGAAAAGACUCUCUAUUGAACAGUCACUGCCAGACACCCUACCCCUUCCGCAGAGUGAUGAGGACCAUUACCAGCGUGUGACCAUCGUAAUUGAGAAGGUGGAGCGAGUUUUCAGGGAAAUCACAACCACUAAAAAAGUUGUUGGACCAGAUGGGGCUGUCAUUGAGAGUUCUCAAGAUGUGAAGCGUCUGGACCCGGUUAUUGUGGAGGAGAGCACUCACAAGAAGGUCCAGUAUAUCUACAUCCCAUCUCCCUCUCGUAGUGUAACCUCCAUGACCUCAGGCGACCUUGCAGACAUCAGCUCCUCCAUCUCCAAGUCAAGUGGAUCUCUUGGGUCGAAGGUCAGUCUGACUUCCUCCAGUCUGGAUCACUCAGAUGGAGGCCAGUCUGUAAGCAAGCAUCUGCAGACACAGAGCAGUGUGGAAACCAGUCAGCAGGCAGCAAAACCAGUCAGGAGGCAGCACUCAAUGGAUAGUCAGAAAAAAGGAUCCUCAGGGCAAAGUGACAGCGAUAAAAUGGAAGCCCCAAAAGCUGUUCCAAGAAAUGUAAGAACACAAAGUGGCAGUAACCUUGCUGCCAAGCCCCCUUUGCAACCCCCUACUGGCCACACCCCCAAGACACGCCUUAGUGUGCAAACUUCAGGAACUUCAGGAUUAGGGACAGCUGCACCCGAGAGCCCGACUGUGACCAGACCUAAGUCGGCUACACCAGGGCAUUCUGAUCAUGAUGUGUCAGGAGUGGUCACCCCACUGGGUUCGACAAUCAAUGGUUCGGGUAACUACUUGCACAGUCGGACAGUGAGUAUGGAAAGCCCGCGCAUGUCCUCCUCUCUCUUCUCCAGCUCUGACUCUGCAGGGCAACAAAGGAAUGAACAGGUUCCAGCCAGCAAAACGACUGAGAUAGUGACAGAAAGUUCUUCCAGCGAUCAUCUUCACCCUGAACAAAAAAGAGCAUCAAGCCCUCAGCAAGAUCAAGCUGUUAGCUCCUCCAACACCCCGCCUGAUGUGGCCAUGGUAACCAGCUCUGGAGCCCCAGGUUCUCGAGUGCUGGCCAAGUGGAAGGAUGGAUUUUACUACCCUGGUGUUCUCAGAACGUCCCCUGACAGAUUAUCCAAGUGUUCUGUACGGUUUGAUGAUGGUGACUCUAUGCACGUGAAGAUAAGUGACAUAUUGUUGAUAGGGCGGCUCCCUGCAGGCCAAAGCGUGAUGGUGCUUACCGAGGAUGGUGAUUUUGAGUUUGGUCUGGUUCUCCAACAGACUGUAGACCGUUAUGUUGUCGAGACAGAUGAGGGAAAGAAUGCUAGCUAUUCGUUCAGCCAGGUGAUUCUGUCGUCAGACCAGGCGGCAUGUAUCAUCUCUGACCAUGGUCCUGAGGUCCAGUUACAGGGGUGCACAACAUCUCACUCGUCAACCGGCAAUGUCAGUCUGGAAAACCUGGUAGAUGAACCAAGAAGAUCUGCCAAGAAGCUGCCUGCUAAUAAAUUCAAGGAAACUGUUGCCGGGGAGAGAACAGAGGAUGAGGGAGGGGGGCGGGGCCGUUCCAGGAAGAGAAAGCUGGAGCCCCAGGCCACCAGCACACCCACUCCCAAGGGCAAGGCUGAGCCAGGGGCUAGCAAGAGACAGAGAGUGCAAGACCCAUCCAGCAGCCCAGUGAGAGGCAUCCAGGACUCUCCAGCAGGCGCGCGCAAAUCACCCAGAAAACCUAGAGUUGAGUUGUUCACAUCUGACCUGGGUCCUCUCCCCACCAGGAAACUGUUUCGGGGCCUGAACUUUCUGUUAACGAACGUUGAGAAGACACAAGGACAGCGACAGGAGGAGAGACAACUGCUCAAGAAUCCCCUUGACACCUCAACUGAUGACAGCUCCAAUGAUGAUGAAAAUGGGCCGUUAUUUAACAAAGAUCACCUGAAGGCCCAAAUAGAGGCUGGAGGCGGGGCUGUAUUGGAGGACCUGGAUGAACAAACAGUUAACAGUGACAAGAAGAUCAUCUUGCUUUCAUCCGCGUACCAGCGGACAAUCAAGUACCUGAAGUGCCUGGCUACAGGGAUAUCAUGUGUGAGCUACAUGUGGGUGGUGGACUCGUGCACCCAGGGGGCGCUGCUGGACCAGGUCUCAUAUGUCCUGCCUGCAGGAAUCAGCCUGGAGAAGAAGAAGAUCAUUGAGUGGAGGAAGAAAAAGGAUAUUUUUCUAAACAUGAAAGCAGUAGUCUGCUCCAAAAAACCCAAGUUUACAGAGUCGUGGACAAACAUUCUUCAGCUGGCCAAGUGUCAGGUUGUCAAUAAACUUCAGAAUGGUGUUAACUUCCUGUUGACAGACCAGUCUUGUUCGGCGACUAUGGAGAGGCAGGCUCGGAACCACAGUGUAGCCCUUGUCUCCACGGAGUGGGUCAUUCAAUCUCUUGUGAAUGGCAAACCCAUGGGAUAUCAGGCCCACCCCAGAUACAGCCAUGAAUUCAGUGUGUGAACAGCUGUGCUCAAUGAAAUUAUUGAACUCAUAUAUGUUUGUGAUGACCUGAGGAAAUAAACCUCUUUGCGAACUUACUUACUACUUACAAAGUACAGCAUAAAUACUGUAUGUUUAAGUAUUAAAAAUGUUCUUAAUCCUGUGAGUGUGUAUAAAUGAAUGGAUUAGCGUGAUAAGAAAACUAACAUGGGCAUUGUUGUCUCUAAAUGAGGUAACACUUUGAUACAAUCAUGUUGAAACUCUAUUGUGUAGGUAGUGCCAUAGCUUGUUGAAAUACAGUAUUACAUGUAUAUUAUUGUCAGCUCUAUGCAUUUCAUUGUGUGGCGGGCAAUUUGGCAUAUUUUCAUUUUAAGAUAUGUAGGUGCCUUUUAUUCAGGUUAGAAACCUUGUCAGAGUUAUAAAACUUGAUUUAUUAAAUUGGUUUCUGUUUAAGAUUUUUUCUACUUAAACAGUUAUUCACUGUUGGUAAGUUGUGGAAAUCAUGAUCUCUAAAAUAAAAAAUAUAUGAAAGAUAAAUCAAAAUGAGAAUAAUUUCCUUGUGUUUCGUGUUUUGCAACAUUUGAUUCACCCAGCAUCACAUGAUUGUACACAAGAUUUUUAAUGUACAUGUAUUUUAAAAUCGAAAUUUAUAAAUGGUAACCAUUUUUUUUUCUUAAUAAAAAUAUAUAUUUUAAUAUGAAUACAAAUGCUUAGAUAUACUUUAUGGGAAUUUAUUUGUUUAUCUUUUGCUCUUAGAUAAGUAUCAGAGUAUAAAGUUUAAAUUAAUACUGGUGGUUACAAAAGUUGAUGCUUUUCAAAAGUGAUAUUGUUGCUUGAAAUCAUGUUAGUGUUCAUUAAUGAUGGAGAUUUUUUAUAUGUAUAUUUUUAUAAAUUCUUGAAAAAUGAUACAUGUAUAUCCAUAUGCAAUCAAAUAAUACCGGGUAAGAUGUUGUCAAUGUAUUAGGUGGUCACUUUAAAACACAUACUCAGACAUGUGUUCAACCAUUACUAAGAAUGUCUUAAUUUUGUUUCUGUUUGAAUAUUUUUCUACUAUGCUGACCAUUUUUAAUAUAAUUUUUAUUCUUUCAUUAUAGACUGCAUUGGAUCUCUUAAAAAUGUUUUUUAUUGUUUCUAUAUCGACCAGAAUGGAUCUCUUAAGAACAAAAUUCUAAAUCAUAUGUUUGUUUAAACAUUUUAAAUCAAACCAUUGUUUUGCUGUUUAGAAAUAUAUCAUAAAUGUUUUAACCUCAUUUUCAAUUUUAAUAUCUGUUCACCUUUAAUCAUUACCCUCUCUGCAUUACAUCGUUACCAUCUCUACAUUACAUCAUUACCAUCUCUACAUUACAUCGUUACCAUCUCUACAUUACAUCAUUACCAUCUCUACAUUACAUCAUUACCAUCUCUACAUUACAUCGUUGCCAUCUCUACAUUACAUCAUUACCAUCUCUACAUUACAUCAUUACCCUCUCUGCAUGACAUCGUUGCCAUCUCUACAUUACAUCAUUACCAUCUCUACAUUACAUCGUUAUCAUCUCUACAUUACAUCAUUACCAUCUCUACAUUACAUCAUUACCAUCUCUACAUUACAUCAUUACCUUCUCUGCAUUACAUCAUUACCAUCUCUACAUUACAUCAUUACCAUCUCUACAUUACAUCAUUACCAUCUCUACAUAACAUUGUUACCAUCUCUACAUUACAUCAUUACCAUCUCUACAUUACAUCAUUACCAUCUCUACAUUACAUUGUUACCAUCUCUACAUUACAUCAUUACCAUCUCUACAUUACAUCAUUACCUUCUCUACAUUACAUCGUUACCAUCUCUACAUUACAUCAUUACCAUCUCUACAUUACAUCAUUACUAUCUCUACAUUACAUUGUUACCAUCUCUACAUUACAUCGUUACCAUCUCUACAUUACAUCAUUACCAUCUCUACAUUACAUCAUUACCAUCUCUACAUUACAUCAUUACUAUCUCUACAUUACAUCAUUACCAACUCUACAUUACAUCAUUACCAUCUCUACAUUACAUCGUUACCAUCUCUACAUUACAUCAUUACCAUCUCUACAUUACAUCGUUACCAUCUCUACAUUACAUCAUUACCAUCUCUACAUUACAUCAUUACCAUCUCUACAUUACAUCAUUACCAUCUCUACAUUACAUCAUUACCAUCUCUACAUUACAUCGUUACCAUCUCUACAUUACAUCGUUACCAUCUCUACAUUACAUCAUUACCAUCUCUACAUUACUUCAGUCACAUUCUAG